AUGAAGAACUUCUCUGAUCGUUUACUGGCCAAAUAUGUGGGUGGUAUACUUAAAGAGGCUGCAUUUAAAUUAAAAAGACUACCAAAUCUUAAUCAAGCAUCAACGGCGAUAUCCAAGCAGGUUACCGUCAUUGGGGAUUUACAUGGAAAACUAGAUGAUCUUUUAGUCAUUUUCUAUAAGAAUGGUCUUCCUUCAACCGAAAAUCCCUACGUCUUCAAUGGUGAUUUCGUGGAUCGCGGCAAGAAGGGACUUGAAGUCUUCUUACUGCUGCUAUCCUGCUUUCUUGCCUUUCCUGGUGCUGUGCAUUUAAAUCGCGGUAAUCACGAGGAUUCGGUGAUGAAUGCGCGUUACGGUUUCAUACGUGAAGUGCAGCAGAAGUAUCGUCGCAAUGCUGAGAAAUUGAUGAUAAUGAUUGAAGAAGUCUACCGCUGGCUACCGCUGGGAACCAUUGUCAACAAUCGGGUGUUGAUUGUGCAUGGCGGCAUCUCCGAUACAACUGAUUUGGAUAUGAUAAAAAGUAUCGACAGAGGAAAGUAUGUCUCUAUUUUGCGGCCACCCAUCGAGAUGGCGGGCGAGGAUGGCGUCGAUAAAAUUGAAUGGAAACAGUCGUGCAAAAAGGUUGCCGUGGACAAGCGCCUAAAUAUGAAGUGA